UCCUCCGUAGAGAUUGGAACCAGAAUACAAAGCAUAAACUAUCACAAAUCGGAAAUUAAAAAAAAAUUGGGAAUGAUGGCGAAAAGAAGUGUCAUGAUGAUGAUGAUGCUUAUGAUGUUGGUGAUGCCGACGUGGCCAAAUGAAUGCUAUGGAUGGGGAACAGAGACGGCAGAUGAUAUGGUUAGAAGCAAAGCAGAGGAUGCUGGUAACGCAGCCGAGACCGCUCAUGACAAAACUGCCUCUUGGACUGGUUGGGUUUCAGACAAAAUCUCCACAGGAUUGGGAAGCAAGAAAGACGAGGCAGAAGAAGCGGCUGAAUCUGCGAAGAACUAUGCUUAUGACAAGGCUGAAUCCGCAUAUGACAAUGCGGGUUACGCCAAGGACUUUGCAGCAGACAGAGCCGGAUCUGCUUACGAUAGUGCUCAAAAUGCGAAACAUUAUGCUUAUGAUAAGGCUGGUGAUGCAAAGGAUAUGGCCUAUAAUAAGACCGGUGAGGCUAACGACAUGGCUUACAACAAGGCCGGUCAAGCUAAAGACAUGGCUUUCGACAAGGCAGGUCAAGCCAAAGACAUGGCCUAUGACAAGGCGGGUAAAGCUAAGGACAUAGCCUACGACAAAGCCGGUCAAGCGAAAGACAUGGCCUAUGACAAGGCCGGUCAAGCCAAGGAUAAGGUUUAUGAGAAGGCGGGAUCAGCCUACGACAUUGCUGGUCAAGCCAAAGACAGGGCCUAUGACAAAACCGGUCAUGCCAAAGAUAAGGCAUAUGACACGGCGGGAUCAGCCUACGAAAUGGCCGGUCAAGUAAAAGACAUGGCCUACGACAAGGCCGGUCAAGUUAAGGACAUGGCUUACGACAAAGCCGGUCAAGCCAAAGACAUGGCAUAUGACAAAGCCAGUGAAGCCAAGGAUAAGAUCUAUGACACGGCGGGAUCAGCAUACGAAAUGGCCGGUCAAGCAAAAGACAUGGCCUACGACAAGGCUAGUAAAGCUAAGGACAUGACUUACGACAAGGCCGCUCAAGCUAAGGACAUGACUACCGACAAAGCGAGAUCAACUUAUGACAAGGCGGAACAAGCUAAGGACAUGGCCUACGACAAAGCACGAUUAGCCUCUGAAAAGGCUGGUCAAGCCAAGGACUUUGCCUAUGACAAGGCGAGUCACGUAAAAGACGUUGCCUAUGACAAAGCGGAAGAUGUGAUUAGGAUGGCUACCGAUAAGAGUAAUGAAGCUAAAGAUAAUGCUGAUGAAUCAUACGAAAGAUUCAAAGAAGGGUCUAAGAAUGCCAAAGACAUGGCAUCAGAUAAAGCUCAAGAUGUUAGAGACAAAACAGCGGACGCAUACGGAUCAAGGAGCGAAGCAGACGAAAGAUUCGAGGAGGCCUUGCGUAAGGUUGGGGAAAGGUAUGGUGCAGCUAAGGAUUCAAUGUCAGAGAAGACAAAAGAAGCUUAUGAGAGUGCAAAGGAGAAGGCUUCUGAUGCUGCUGGAGAGUACGGUACAUAUGUGAGAGACCGUAGUGCCGAGCUGUAGAACCGGAGAAGUUAUAUUUACGUCUAGGGUAAGAGUUAAAAGUAUGGUUUUAGAUAUAAUCUUCGUUUGUGAAAUAAAUUUUCUUAUAUAUAUGUGUAAUAUAUGUAUAUGUAAGAAUGAUGGAGUUACUUGUAUUAGUUUCAAAAGCAGAUUCUGAAUUAAACUUGAGUUGUUUCUUAA